AUGGCUAGCCCGCCGCACGAGCCCGAGCCGGCCCAACGGCCUUCCGAGCAGCAACACCAACAACAGUCGCAGCAAUCAGCACCAUCGUCAUCAGCACCAUCGUCAGCCGAGCGAACUCCCCCGCCGCCGCCCGUCCCCUCGUCGGACCCGCGCGUCUUCGACGAUGCCGACCCCUCCACGCCCGACGAGCACGACCUCUUCAAGCUAUCCGCCCUUGAUGCCCUCAAGCUGCUGAGCACUAGCGUCGAGCUGCUUGUCCGCAUGACGGGCGACAUCCCGCCGACGCCGCCCCCCAAGACGCCCACGAACCCCCAGAUGAGCGACAUGCAGGCGGAAAAGGACAAGAUUGUGCGCUCCCACUCGGAGAAGAACCUCGCGCGUCUGCGUGAGCAGCACCAGCAGCAGGCCGCUGCCGCCGCCAGAGAUGCCGUCGCCAAAGGCGUGGCCUGCGGAGACGCGCCGGAGAAGAAUGCUGAAGGUCAAGGCCACGGGCUGAACAAGCUUCAGGCGUACAGCGCCAGCAUGUCUGCCCAGCUCCGCGUCCAGGCGCAGCACCAGACGCCGACGACGCCCUCGGGGUCCUCGCAGGAGAUUGACGGCGUGCACCUCCGCCAGCGUUCGACUUCGCCCUCGUCCUCGUCGCCGCAGCCGUACAUCAUCGUCGGCGCCGACUCGCAGCCCCUCAACCUGCAGCACGGCGCCAUAACACGCAAGUUCUACAGCAAAAAGGAGCCUCCCAUCACCAUCAACCAGUACCUGAUGCGGCUCCACCAGUUCUGCCCCAUGAGCACCGCCGUCUACCUGGCCACGUCGCUCUACAUCCACCGCCUGGCCGUCGAGGAGCGCGCCAUCCCGGUUACGCGCCGCAACGCCCACCGUCUGGUCCUCGCCGGCCUGCGCGUCGCCAUGAAAGCCCUCGAGGACAUGUCGUACCCCCACAACAAGAUGGCCAAGGUCGGCGGCGUCAGCGAGGCGGAGCUAGCGCGGCUGGAGAUUUCGUUUUGCUUCCUCGCCGGCUUCGAGCUCGUCGUCGGGGAGCGGCCCCUGCGGCAGCACUGGGAGGCCCUGCGGGACGGGCGCGCGCAACAGAUGCUCCGCGGGACCGACGUGCCGACGUUGCGGCUCGGCAGGCGCCCGCGCGAGAUAACGCCCGCGGGGGGUUGA